CUCGCAACCGCCGCGGCUCCCGCCUCGUCCCGGGCCAUCGCGGAGCAGGUCCUGGAAGCUGAGCAGGCAGUGUAGAAAGUCAGGACGCUCACAGAUAGACCAGCCUCUCGCCCUUUGAACUGUCCCCUCCCCUAGCAGAGUUCAACCCAGCCCUCAGGCCUGAGCUAUGCAGAAAGCGGGACUGCUGCUACGUGGCUGGACUCGAGCGUGGAAGUCGGUGAGGAUGGCCAGCUCCAAGUUGACUCGUCAGAACCCACUCGCGAAUAAGGUGGCUCUAGUCACAGCCUCCACCGACGGGAUCGGCUUUGCCAUCGCCCGGCGUCUGGCUGAGGAUGGGGCCCACGUGGUCAUCAGCAGCCGCAAACAGCAGAAUGUGGACCGUGCAGUGGCCACACUACAAGGAGAGGGUCUGAGUGUGACUGGCAUCGUGUGCCAUGUGGGGAAGGCAGAGGAUCGAGAAAGGCUGGUAACGACGGCUCUGAAGCUUCACCAAGGGAUUGAUAUCCUGGUCUCCAAUGCUGCUGUCAAUCCUUUCCUAGGAAAUCUAAUGGAUGUCACAGAGGAGGUGUGGGACAAGGUUUUGAGCAUUAAUGUGACAGCUACAGCCAUGCUGAUUAAAGCGGUGGUGCCAGAGAUGGAAAGACGAGGAGGCGGCUCGGUGGUGAUUGUGGGCUCCGUAGCAGGCUUCACUAGAUUCCCCUCUCUGGGCCCUUACAAUGUAAGCAAAACAGCUAUGCUGGGUCUUACUAAGAACUUUGCGGCAGAGUUGGCCUCGAAGAACAUUCGAGUGAACUGUUUGGCGCCUGGACUCAUCAAGACUCGCUUCAGCAGUGCGUUGUGGAAGGAGAAAGCAAGAGAGGACAUCAUAAAAGAAGCCAUGCAAAUCAGAAGGCUAGGCAAACCAGAGGAUUGUGCCGGCAUAGUUUCCUUCUUGUGCUCUGAAGAUGCCAGUUACAUCAAUGGCGAGACAGUAGUGGUGGGGGGAGGAACCCCUUCUCGCCUCUGAGGAUCCAGAGACAGCCUACCAGGGCAGGUGUGUGGGGAGGGCACAGUCUACCUUGCCUCUGUCACCCUUCCUUGCCACCACCUAACAUCUUGUUCACCUCACAAAAUCAGUUUUGCCCAGUGAUAAGUUCCUGCUUUCCCUGUGGUCAAAGUGUGGUCAGAUGAGCAUCCUUGCUGUUGCUAUGGCCUUGAAAACGGCUUUGGGGAGGGGGCGGGGAGCUGGGGGAUUGGUAGUGGAAAAAGGGCUUGCUAAGAAGACUGUGGCUAUUUUAGUGAAGAUCAAAUCCCUCUCAUCCUCGUCUCUGGAGACUCUGAGGGGGAGACAGAAGGGACGGACCUGAACAGAGAUGGCAAUUAACAAUUUAUAAAUACGGUACAAAUAAAAUGAAGGUGAUCGCGCUGCUCUGAA